UGCUGUAGCUUCUCUUCCUGAUAGCAGCCAGCUAACCUACAUUCCUGCUGACAGCGGAGGUUCUGCUUUAAUAACAUUAGGUGUGUGUCAGCUGACAGUUGUGAUGCUAGCAUGUUAGCUUCGGAGCUAGCGGGCAAAUACUCUACUAAUUUAGCGUUUUGAAAAAAAAACAGCUGCGUUUGCUUGUUAAUACUUCAAGCCUUUUUUUGUUUGACCGGGACAUUAAUAAGCGUUAUGUGACCAAAGCUAACAUCAUCGUUAAACAAACAAUGUAACGCUUAGUUUCUUUUUAUAGCGCUAGCGAGCUAGCAGCUAGGAGGCUAAUUCACCUAGCAACCGCGGCUAGCUGCGGGAGUCUUCAUGGAGAGCUUCAAAGCGUCAGUUGAGCUUUUAAGGUCGGUCGGAAGUUAUGUGAACACACUGUAGACGAGGUAAAUGUUGAUCAAAUGGCAAAAACGGAACAGGGCAAUGGGGUUGACUUGCGGGGCAGCACAGAGAAGCUGACAGAUAAUGGUAAUGGGACCUCGUAUGGCUCUGACCCCGAGGUAAAUGGUAGUGUCCCCGGGGAGAAACAGGUGGACAAGUAUGGAUUCACUGGAGGAGCACAGCAGCACUCCGGAGAGACUGCUGAAGAAAUCCCCACUGAGGUGCUGAGGCAGCGGGAGGCAAAAUGGCUAGAGAUGCUCAACAACUGGGACAAAUGGAUGGCCAAAAAACACAAGAAGGUGAAAGAACGCUGUCAGAAGGGGACUCCUCCAUCGCUGCGUGGCCGAGCCUGGCUCUACCUCACUGGGGGCAAAGUGAGGAGGGAGCAGAACCAGGGCAAAUUUCAGGAACUGGACAGUCAGCCAGGAGAUCCCAAAUGGGUGGAUAUUAUUGAGAGGGACCUCCAUCGACAGUUCCCCUUCCAUGAAAUGUUUGCAGCGAGAGGAGGUCACGGCCAGCAAGACCUGUUCCGUGUGCUGAAGGCUUACACUCUGCAUCGUCCUGAAGAGGGUUACUGUCAAGCUCAGGCUCCCAUCGCUGCUGUGCUUCUCAUGCACAUGCCAGCAGAGGAUGCAUUCUGGUGUCUCGUUCAAAUCUGUGAGAAAUACCUUCCUGGUUACUACAGUACAGGGCUGGAGGCGAUCCAGCUGGAUGGGGAGAUCCUGUACGCCCUGCUGCGGCGGGUGUCUCCUGUGGCCUACCGUCACUUGAAGAAGCACAAGCUGGAGCCCAUCCUGUACAUGACAGAGUGGUUUAUGUGCGCCUUCUCCCGUACUCUGCCGUGGGCCUCCGUGUUGCGCGUCUGGGACAUGUUUCUCUGUGAGGGAGUAAAGAUCCUGUUUCGAGUGGGCCUGGUUCUCCUGAAAUGCAUGUUGGGAUCCCAAGAAAAACUGAAGUCCUGUCAAGGUCUUUAUGAAACAAUGGAGCUGUUGCGAGCCAUACACCCACAGUACAUGAGAGAAGGCUUCUUGGUGCAUGAGAUUAUCGAGUUAGAGGUGUCUGAGAAAGACAUCGAGAAGGAGCACCAUGCUCAGCUGCGGCGCUGGAAGGAGACUCACGGAGAUCUGCACUGCAAGUCCCCUCCCAGGAUGCACGGCGCCAAGGCUAUCAUGGCUGCCGAGCCGCCCAGUCGACAAGACCUGAAGCAGAGGCCCACCAUCAUUGUGGAGUCUCCCCUGGCACCCCAGACAGAUGGCGUGAGAGCAGUGGACGCCAAAGAUCGUGGAAAGACUAAAAAGGGGAAACAGAAGGAGACAAUCCUACCGCCACAGGAGACUGUAAGCCUUCCGACCAGUGACCCCUCACCUCUCAUCAAACACAUCGCUGUACAAGGGUCCAAAGAGAGUCUGAGCAGUGCAGAGCACGACACUUACCUGUAGCGGGGUAAGUUUAACCAGUUCACUAACAUAAAUCCUUCCACACAGCUGUCACUAACUCACUAACAUGUCACCGUUGUCAAACAUGACAAACUUUCCAUGACUUAGUGUGUCUGUAGUAGUCGUGACAGGUUUUAGUAAAAUGGCUCAAUUAAGGGAAAAUGUAAUCGAAUUUUCAAAGCUGGCAAAAUACCUUUACUCAGACUACCAUGUAGUCACUGUAAUACCUUAAAACAUUGUCUCUGUCAUUGCUUUUAUUAAGCAUGUUAUUGCUUUGAACUAAGUACAGUCAUUGAAAUUUUGCAUGAAAAAUAUAUUAAAUCAGAAAUUAGAAAUUGCCAAGGAGCAACAACAGAUGGCGACUGUGUGCCCCUUUUCACACGUCUGUGAGGUUUUAAGGCCCAGACACACCAAACUGACAUCAAAGAACUGGUGAUGACCAAGGCCGACUGCGUCUCUGCCAAAAAGUUGCACGUGAAUACACUGUAAAGACGACAGCCUGUGGCCAUCUAGCAUGUAUGUUCUGCGCCUGUGGAAGCGGAAAUAACUCUCCAUACCAGCAGGCGGUGGUAGUCCGUAUUUGUCAUGCGAAAAGAGAAGCCAUAAGACUGACAGGUCACAUUCAAGAUGCUAGUUAGUAAGUUAGCACAUUUACAAUACAAUCUGAUGUUGGUAAACCAAUGGAUAUUACCCGUGUGCUAGCAAACAAUAACACAAACAAAGACUAGCUGCCUGCAAGCUAGCUACUAGCUGCCAGGCUUUUUACACAUAUUUCGACAUAUUUUAUUUAUUUUUUUUUUUUAAAAAGUUUAAAUUAUAAUUAAGCAUAAGUUCAACCAAAAAAAUGAAAAAAAUGUUGGUUUUCAGUGCUUUAGGGGCCAUUGUAACUGCUAAUAAUUAUAAUACCAUAUACUGGUAUACUGUGAAACUGGUAUUUUCUGAGACAGUUGUCGUACCAUAAAAAUCUUAUAUCUUUGCAACCCUACCCACGCCAUCUCGACUUUAGGCGUUUGGUUUCCUCACUUCCAUUUCUCUUCUUGUGCUUAGAGUAGACUGCCAAUAAGAGUGGUUUCGUUCACUGACAGGAUUCGCCAUCUCUGAUACAGAUUCAACACACUGAAUCAGUCAAAAAGCCAUCAAGUGCCGGUGAGUGCAAACGGUGCAAAACACACCACAAAAACUAUGGCGACAGACGCUGAUAGACGGCCGACCGACAGCUUGGCGUGUCAGGACCCUUAGCCCGGGAGCCAUCAGAGCUACUAACUUCAUAUGACUGAACAUCAGGGGAUUAAAAAAAAGCUAACUCACUGAUAACAGCUGCUGCAGUUAUUUACCUCUUAAUUUUUUUGUUAUAAAUGAAGUCUGAUUUUGUCUUAAUUGAUGAGAUCUUUCCCAGAGCACUUUGCCUUCAUAGUCUUCCUCUUUGCCUUCGUUAGUCACUACGUUGCCAACGCACAGGUAUUUAUCCUGCUUUGCUAGACUGGCACUAUUUUGCAGACACACAGUUUAUCAGUGUGUCUGUUAAAGGAAUACUAAACCAACAAAAUGGCCAUUUAUAUAUCCGCAACAACAACAAAACAAUAUUGAAACAUCUGUUUACAAACUUUCAAACUGGUGCAGUAUAUAAUAAAAAGUCUCAUGUAUCCAGCCGCAUGCUCAGUGCUCCCAAAACACAUUGCAUUUCCUUGCCUUCAGGCCCUUCCUGACCGUAACUAAAAGUGAAACAUACCUGUGCUUUUACUUUUAGUUCUGGUCAGAAAGGACCGAAGACAAGGCGAUGCAGCGUGUUUUGGCAGCACUGAUUAUAUGACUGGAUACAUGAGACUUGCAUUACACCGCGCAAGUUGUGUAAGAGCUUGUAAACAGAUGAUUUGACAUAGUUUUGCUUUUUUUAAACGUGGUUCCCAUUUACUUUAAUUAAUCAACAAUAUUUGCCGUUGGAUUCUUUGUCCACCAUGCAAGAAAAAUGUUUUCACCAGGAAUUCAAGGUAACACUGCAUGAAUAACUGAUAUGUAAAUGGUAAUUUUGUGUGUCAAGUAUUUUUUUUACGCACAGUCACUUGACUGUUAUGCUGCAUACAGUUUGUCUUUGCUCUUGUUGAACACUUGAGGGCGCCCUGAGUUUAUCUCACCGCCUCAGCAGUGACCAGCAGAAGUCUUUGUGAGAGCAAAAAAAUGACACAAUGAAGGAAGAUGUGUACAGGGACAUUUUUGCCACCAAGCCAAAGAUUUGUAGUGCAUAUUUUUAAGGUAUAUGUUGUCUGAGAAGUUUAUUCAAUCAUAUUGUGAUACAGUAUUUGGGAGAGGAUGAGGUUUAUAUUUAUGUCAUGAACGAGAUAUGUUAAAAUUCCAUUUUGAAGAACGCUAAUACAAAGCUGUUUUUUUUCAGUCAUGCUGAAAGGUUUGUGGGGGCUUAGAUUUAAAGUUAUCUAACGUUACUAUAAAAGAAAAAGACGAAAUUAGAGACUAUUUCUCUGCAACCUCAGAAUCUAAACACCAGUCCAAAUCCUUAAAAUGCUUUUUUUUCCCCAGAUUAUAUUUUUAUUUGUUUAUAAAGUAUGUGCUAUUGCUCAUUUUAUCUGAAAUGUUUUAAUGAAGAAAUUGUUUGGAAAAAAAAAACUCAUUAUGAAUUUUGAAGGAAUCGACAUUUAACUCCUAGUCCAGGAAAUCCUCUAUUAGCAGUUACAUGUGUAACCGUACAUCAGAUUAUUUGCUGUAGUUUUUAUAAUGGAAAAUGAUUGUGGGCAUAUGUUGAUUUUUAAACACUGUGGAGAUCUGAUUUUUUAAGUACAUGCUACGGGUUUGUUUUCUGAUGAUUAGGAAGCACUGUUUACCUGCAAUGUCUUAUGAAGUUUUUAAUGUUUCGAUUUGAAAAACGUUUGAAUUUGUAGCAAGGACAGAUCAAAUUUAACCAGCAUGCAUCUGUAGUGGGAGCACUGUCAUGUAGAUGGAGCUAUUGAGCUUCAUCCAGGGAUUCAAACGAUUCAGUUCUCUCAGUCAUCCUGAGGGAUACGGGAUAUACAGGAUGCAGUUCAGCAUCUUUAAACUUUAUGUUGAGUUUUUAAAGAGACCAGUUCAAAAUCCUUCAAAACUAUAUAUUUAGGAUGUUGAGAAACUUCAUAUUUCUUAAUCAUUUCAGCUUUUAUGAUUAAAGAGACCAUUGCUGAAGCCUUGGGCUUGUAAAUGUGCAACUGAGGCCUAGUCCACACCAAGACAGGUAUUUUUGUAAAUGCAGCUUGUGUUUACAUGUUUUGGCUGCACUUUGUCCCCAUGCAAAUUGUGUUUCAUAUCACUAAAAACAACUUCAUGUAAAACUCUGUACAGGGUGAAGAUUUUCAGGAAUUCACUUAUCAGUGUUGACGUAUAGAUGAAGAAAACUGAGUUUGGGAUUAGUAAUGUCAUAAUGUGCCACUAUUUUUUUGUAAAGCAUCACAAGUGAGGCGGCAUUUAGUGCAAUGGUGAACGUGACCAAAAUAGUGCUGGUUCUUAUAUUGCUAACAGGACUUCUUUCACUUUUUUGAGGAACAGAGGCACCAGGAUACACCACAGAGGUCGCUGCUCCAGGUAGCCUUCUGAUAGUAAUGUUAAGUUUUUUUUUUUUUGUUUGUUUGUUUGUUUGUUUGUUUUUUUAAGGCUUUUGAUUGGAUCUUCUUCAUCUUUCCAUGGUUUUAGGGUCACGAUUAUAUUGCCGCCUUUUCGUUUGACAUUGUCUUGUCAGUGCUUUAGUGGUAUUUCUGUGUUUUCAUUUUUUUUAAAUGAAGGAGGAAAAAAAAUGCUGUUUACAAAAAUACCAUGUCCAUGUGGACUUAGUCUUAUCCUGCUGUUUUUAUCAGUUUAUAGUGCUUUAUUUCUGAUCUGGUGGAUCAUUUGAUUUAGAAUCAAAUACUCAUAGCUACAACUUGUUUUAUACCAAAUCACAUUUAAAUCAAUAAAAUUUUAAAAUUUUG